AUGAGAUCUGGUUCAAGGUUGUCGAAUUAUCUCGUGCGAUUAAGUGGGAGAGUGUCAUUCACGCAGAAACGAUCACUAACAAAUGUCAAAUUACCCAGCAAUGUAAAUUAUGAGAGACUAAAAGCUGCAUUUGAUAGCGAUGAGCAUACUUUAAAUGGUAAAAAUAAUAAUAACGAGGGUAAGUUGUUUUCUAAAACGGCAUUAUUUCAAGGACAAAAAGAUGGUUCUGCUAGUACAGGGUUAUUUAAAAAUAGCUAUUUGACAAGCCCCCAAGGUCUUGUUCAAUUUUCCAAAAAAUCUAAAUUGCAGGCACAGACUCUUGUUGAUGAAAUGACGAGGGAUGUCCUGACACAUCAAGGGAAAUUGGAUUACAUCAAGAAAUUAGAUCAAUUGUCGGAUAUCUUGUGUCGAACUAUUGAUGUUGCCGAAUUCAUUAGAGUAGUUCACGAUGAUCAGAAAUGGGUAGAUGCAGCUCAACAAACGCAUGAAAUAAUUUUUGAGUAUAUGAAUCAACUAAACACAAAUGUCGAGUUAUAUGCCAACUUGGUCAAGAUACUCGAGGAUAAAGAUUUGAUAUCACAAUUGAGUGAUGAAGAAAUCAAGGUUGGUGAAUAUUUGAGACAAGAUUUUGAGAGAUCAGGGAUACAUAUGGAUCCACAAUCUCGAGAUCAAUUUGUAUCACUAACCCAAGAAAUUUCAAUAAUGGGUUCCCAUUUUAACAAUGAGUCUAGUAGUUUGAAAUCAGAUUGGAUCUCGAUUACUUCAAAUGAAUUUAGUGCAAUUGAGGACAGGUUUAUCCAGAGUGAGGUUAUGCGAGCAUCGGCAUUAUAUCCUGGUAAAAAAGAAUCUGGUACAUACUACAUCCCAUUAGCUUCAGCAAUUCCGUAUCGAAUAAUGAUUCAAUGUGGAUCAGGCAAUUUGAGAAAGAAAAUGUGGAUUGGUUUACACGAAGCUAGUGAUGAGCAAGUUCAAGUGCUUAAUCAUUUUGUUGCUUACCGUGCUUUAUUGGCCAAGAUGUUAGGUUACGACUCGUAUGCACAUUACCAGUUGGAGCACAAGAUGGCUAAAAAGCCAGAGAAUGUGUUAUCUUUUCUCACCAAUUUGCAAGAGAAUUUGAAAAACUCUCAAGUUUUAAAAGAAUUACGCGCAUUGAGCGCACUGCAGCAAGGAUAUAGUCUGUUAAGCGAUGAAGAAUUGAUUAGACAGAUUAAGCCUUGGGAUAGAGACUUUUUGUUAAAGUCUUUUGAAGCAAAGAAAUUGUCAAGUACAGAAAAUGGUGAGAAAGCGUCUACUGACACCAGUACUAGUACCACUACUAGUACCACUACUACUGAUAGUACCACCACUACUGCUACUUUCUCUAACUCGACUGAUUCUGUUGCCAUUAAACGCCUUUGUGAGUACUUCUCCAUAGGCACAGUGAUUGCCGGUUUGAGCAAAUUAUUUUCUGCUUUGUAUAACAUCUCCUUUGUUGUGGAACCUACUGUGAAAGGUGAAGUUUGGAAUGAAAAAAGAGUACGCAAACUCAAUGUUCUUAACAACUCGAAUGGUGAGACUAUGGGGUAUUUGUACCUUGACUUUUGUUCACCCAAAGUAUUUCCAUCGCAUUUCACUGUUGUAUGCCUGAGACAAUUAAACAAAGCAGAGUCUGUUUCAGAGCAUGGAGAUAUGGUGCAAUUGAGCAAAGACUACCAGCUCCCCGUUGUUGCAUUGGUUUGUAAUUUCACCAGUGGCAACCCAACGUUAUUGUCCUUGGAUCAAGUGGAUACUAUUUUCCAUGAGAUGGGACAUGCAAUGCAUUCCAUGAUUGGAAGAACACAAUUACACAACUUGUCUGGUACAAGAUGUGCGACAGAUUUUGUCGAGAUUCCUUCAGUAUUAAUGGAGUCAUUUAGUAAAGAUCCUCGAGUGCUUUCUGAGAUUGGUUGUCAUUAUAGAACUGGCGAGCCUGUACCAAUUAAUUUGUUGGAGCAAGCUCAGAGCCAGAGAUCUGCACUUGAAGCUUGCGAGACAUUUGUCCAGAGCAAAAUGGCGAUGCUCGAUCAAGAAUUGCAUAGCAAAGAGAUUGUCGAGCUGUUGAGACAGGGUCUUGAAGCAAUAAAUUCAACAGAGAUCUAUCAUCAGGUUGAGCGGGACCUGGAGAUCUUUGCAGAUGAAUGGUCGACAUGGCAUGGAAAGUUUCCUCACUUGUUUUCGUAUGGAGCUGUAUACUACUCAUAUUUACUCGAUAGGGCGAUAGCCAAUGUUUUGUGGCAGAAAUUGUUUGCCAAGGAUCCUUGGAGCAGAGAUGCAGGAAUCAAAUAUAAAGAAGAGAUCUUGAAGUGGGGAGGUACGAAAGAUCCAUGGGCGUGUCUUGCGGACGCAUUGCAGAUGGAGGAGUUGCGCAAAGGUGAUGCUCAUGCUAUGCAAAUUAUUGGCGAGAACUCAAAACUAUAA